AUGGAUACUGCCGCGGGACGUGCAAGCAGGGGAGUUGGUAAGGAUGUCCUGGGGACAUCUGGGUUCCUCGACCUUGCAAAGCUGGUCAGCGGAGGUGGACAGGCAAAGAGCGUGUAUGGGGAUCUGGCGUACAAGAUAGGAAAGGAGGUGUAUGUGGACGUCCAGGGCUGGCAUCUAUAUCUCAAGGAUGUGACUGUCGACAAAGACUUGAAAAUGCAUCAGGCGCUUGCAGAGCAGCUUGGAUCCAUGGCAGGCGAUUUGUCAGAGCAGGAGCUGGAGCAGCUGUUGAAGAAAGUACCCCUAAGCUUAGGGGCCGGCAAGCAUAAGAUCUCCCUGUUUGAUGCGCUGCCAUCUUCUACCAUCCGCGAUCUGGCAGGCAUUGUCGAGGACUUUGCCCGGAACCAGUGAGUGGUGUGUCAGCAAUGCCAAGAGAAGAUAAAGAACUGAAAGCUACAAUAUGACCAGAUAUUGAGAUGUGGGCCACUGACUGAAGCACAUAAGGGUGGUCAGGGUCCAUUCCAUUAGUGCAGUUCUUGCAGACAUGACCCGAUGGCCUUGCCAGCCCAACCACGCUGCUGGUUAAAAGUCCUGAGCUCAGUAAGUAUGUGUAUGGGCACAAGAUAUUGCUGCAAUGAUCUCAUGAGUACUUUACAGUCAGGUAAACGCCUUGUAGCC